UGCGAGGUCUUAAUUAUCAUUCGUAUUUGAUAAUCCCAGGCAGUCCCCACCUUCUCUCCAUUUCCAUUUUCAAUACAUUCCACUGUAAUUGCUAUCUUCGAUCAUUUAAAAAGGUAACACAAGGAACUGACAAUUCCUUCCCUCGUUAAUGGAUCCGAUUCUCGCAGCCGCGGCACUUUCAGUCGUUCUCGGGGCUGUGAUCGCGUUUGUUUUUUUCAAAAGCUACCUUCUGAAGGAAAGAUCCAAUGUCCAGGCCAUUUCGGAGCCCGAGCUUCAUUCGGAUCCCAAAAAGACCUCAAAGCCUCAGCAUGUUCCAAAAAAGUAUCAUUCGAAGCCUCAUUCUCAUGCCUCUGACAAGGAGCAAAGCAAGCGUCAUCAUCCAUUGGAUUUGAAUACUCUUAAAGGUCAUGCGGAUUCAGUUACAGGGAUGUGUUUCUCAUCUGAUGGUCGUAAUUUGGCAACUGCUUGCGCUGAUGGAGUGGUUAGGGUAUUUAAGUUGGAUGAUGCUUCAAGUAAAAGUUUCAAGUUUUUAAGAAUCAAUGUGCCUCUUGGAGGUCAUGCAGUAGCUGUGGCAUUUGCUGAUGAUUCUUCUUCUGUAGUUGUUGCAUCUCAGACUGUGACGGGGUGUUCCUUGUAUAUGUAUGGAGAGGAAAACCCAAAAAAAGGUAGUACUGACUCCAACCAGCAGUCAAAGCUUCCUCUUCCACAAGUUAAGUGGGAACAUCAUAAAAUCCAUGACAAACAAGCAAUCCUGACCUUAACUAGAGCUACUGCAAGUUAUGGAACUGGAGAUGGGAGUACCAUUAUUGCCUCUUGUUCGGAAGGUACUGAUAUCUUACUUUGGCAUGGGAGAACCGGAAAAGUUUUAGGGCAUGUUGACACUAAUCAGUUAAAAAAUACCAUGGCUACAAUAUCACCAAAUGGCCGUUUCCUUGCUGCUGCAGCCUUCACAGCUGAUGUAAAGAUAUGGGAGAUUGUAUAUGCCAAGGACGGUUCAGUCAAGGAGGUUUUGAAUGUUAUGCAGCUUAAAGGGCACAAGAGUGCAGUGACUUGGUUAUGCUUUUCUCCAAACUCAGAGCAAAUUAUUACAACAUCCAAGGAUGGUUCAAUAAGAGUUUGGAACAUCAAUGUUCGAUACCAUCUUUCUGAGGAUCCAAAAACUCUGAAGGUGUUUCCAAUACCAUUUCAUGAUUCAAGUGGUUCUGCUCUGCACUAUGAUCGUCUCAGCUUAUCCCCUGAUGGAAAGAUACUGGCAGCAACCCGUGGUCCAACAUUGCAGUGGCUAUGUUUGGAAACAGGAAAGGUGUUGGAUGCUGCUGAGAAAGCCCAUGAUGGUGAUAUCACAUGGAUUACAUGGUGUCCAAAGACUAUGCCACUAGGAAAUGAACAAGUGGUGAUUCUGGCCACGGCAAGUGUCGACAAGAAAGUGAAGUUGUGGGCAGCACCGUCAGUAACUUCGUAGUAGUAAUCAAAUCUUUACAUUGCCUGUCAAGGAUUUUCAUGAAGCCAGGCACAAUGCCAUUUAGAUAUGCUAAACAGUAGUGUCAACAACUUGAUAUGAGAGAGAGAACAUGGCAGGCUGGAAUGAAGUUAAACCCCAGAUAUAUGAAAUCUUUCAUAUGUUUUUUGCUUAAAUAGUCUUGUGUUUAUGAAAUUUUGCUUACUUUAGACAUUGACACAAGUGUGAAUUUGUUUGGUUAUUCCUUUUCUUUUUCCCCCCUGAAUAGUAUGAACUAUCGAUUUUCUUGGUUAGAAA